AUGUCGGAAGACGAUUGUAUUCAACAGUACAACAGAAUACAGAAGAGCUUCGGAGCCUCCUACUUUGGAGGAACGUUCGGAAAGUCAAUGGUUCUGAUGGAACUUCUAGAAGGUUUGUCCUACAAUGUUGACCUGGCGAUUUAUGAUGGAGAGCUUAUGGCCGCCUUUAUUACUGAUAUUGGUCUCUACAUACCUAACAGGUAUAUCGAUACCACUACCUGCCAGCCUACCAAUCUGUCUGCAGAACUCAAGGAUCAGCUUAUAACCGCUGCUCAUCAAUGCUGUUGUAAAGUCGGGUUACUCAAUGGAGUUUUCAACGCAGAAUUGAAGAUGACAGAAUCAGGUCCGAAAAUAAUAGAAAUCAACGGUAGAAUAGGCUGUUAUCGUAGAUGCAUUGUCUAUAAGUCUACACAUGGUGUUUACUUAUGGGAGAUCGCAGCCGCCAUCGCUUGUGGCAUCAAACCUUCCUUUCCAGAUGGAUCCAGCAGAUGUUUUGCUGUUGGAACCUACCUUUUCAGUAAAUUUCACGGAAAACAGUUUAUGAAAAAAGAAGUCAAUCGAAAAUUGACGUCUUUGGCUGAGGAAAAGGUCAUCCUUCUCGAAAUGCGUUAUGAGACCGUAGACCUGCAGAAUAACGAUAAGGAAUUCCUCGACACGUUCUGCCAUCUCGUUGCACUCAGUAGUACAAGUAUAAAGGAUGCGAGACAAACACUGAUACAUCUUUAUCGAGAUCUCGGGUUUACACAGACAGAGUAUGACAUCGAAAGAUUCACAAGUGUGUGGGCUUAA